CAUCCCUAUCUUAUCAUAUCAUCUCCAGUUACACAAAAGGGUGACACAGGUCUCAGACUCUCAAAACAACGCAAGAAAAAUGGCAGCCUCCACUGCUACGCCCGCUACGACUCUGCUGCUAUCCUUCGCCGCCUCUUCCUCUGUCUUCCCGCAAGACCUCAACCCCUUUCUCUCCUCCAGGCCCAAACCCCACUUCCUCAACUGCUCCAACACUUUCUCUCUCUACCCCGUGCUGUUGCAUUGCAGGGGGAGAAAACCAACCAAUAAUUGGAUUGAUGGUUCUUCGCCCAAAUCCAGGACUUACCCAGUUGCAAUUGCAGCUGUGGCUUCUCAAGCGAAGGUAGCUGAAGAUUUGGAGCAAGACGAGGAUGAUGAGGACGAGGAUGGUGUGAAGAAACCUGCUGUUACAGGUCCAACAAAGCCCAAGAAAGGCAAAGCUGCAUUGCUUCUGAAGAGAGACAGAACUAGAUCUAAGAGAUUCUUGGAAGUUCAAAAGUUGAGGGAAAACAAGAAAGAGUAUGAUGUAAAAACAGCAGUACAAUUACUCAAGCAAAUGGCAAGCACAAAGUUUGUUGAAACAGCUGAAGCUCAUUUUCGCCUCAACAUUGACCCGAAAUACAAUGAUCAACAGCUGAGGGCAACGGUGAGUUUGCCGAAGGGAACUGGACGGACCGUUAAAGUGGCUGUUCUGGCUCAAGGUGAAAUGGUUGAUGAGGCAAAAAAGGCAGGAGCCGAUCUGGUUGGUGGAGAGGACUUGAUAGAACGGAUAAAAGGAGGAUUCAUGGAUUUCGAUAAAUUAAUCGCGAGUCCAGAUAUGAUGCCUAAGGCUGCCCAACUAGGAAAGAUUUUGGGUCCCCGAGGACUCAUGCCAAAUCCCAAAGCUGGUACGGUGACCUCUGCUAUACCUCAGGCUAUACAAGAAUUCAGGAGGGGAAAACUUGAAUACAGAGCAGAUAAAACGGGGAUAGUUCACAUGCCCAUUGGAAAGGCAGAUUUUUCGGAGGAAGAUCUUAUUGAGAACUUGCUUGCUGCAAUAAAAUCAGUUGAAACAAACAAGCCAUCUGGUGCAAAGGGAGUAUACUGGAAAAGUGCACAUGUAUGCUCGUCAAUGGGGCCAUCUAUUAGGUUAACUAUUAGGGAAAUGCUUGAUUACAAGAAGCCGGUAUAAAGUGUUUAAGGAAGAUAAUACGUAGCCCUGUAAAUUGUAUCUUCACCGUUCAGUUAGCUUCUCGGGUGGCAACUAAAGAUUUGUGACUGUUUGAAGGUGCGAUGAAACUGAAAUGAAGGGGAAAGGCAAGUAUUGAAAAUCAAUAUUUCAGUGACAAGAGCGUCGUUUCUCCUGUUUAUGUGAAUUAACCAUUUUCUUGUA